AUGGCCAAAGCAAGAGAGAAAUACUUCAGGGAACUCCUUAUCCUGCACCAGGACUCUGAUGACACCUUCCCACAGGGUAGGUUUAAUUUAUUACUGGCAAAUACACUUCAAUUUCAAAAGAAGUUUGUGGAGGCCAGAGAAUUUUAUAAGGGAGCAAUAAAAAUCAUGGAAACGAAUGGCGACAAACAAGGAAAAGCAAUUUGUUACAAAAACUUAGCAACAUUACUUUAUUCCUUUGAAGAAUAUGACAAAUGUAAAAAGUAUCUGGAGAAGGCCCUUGCGAUUAGAAAGGAAAUUGGUGACAGAGUCGGAGAAGCAGUGGAUUACAGAGAACUAGGAGGACUGUCAAAAAAACUUGGUAACCAUGACCAGGCACAAAAAUAUUACAAGAAAGCACUUGCCAUCACAUCGGAAAUUGGUGACAGAGAAGGAGAAGCAAUGGUUUACAGAAACCUUGGAACAGUGUUUCAAUCGCUUGGUAAUUAUAACAAGGCACAAGAAUAUUACGAGAAAGCACUUGCUAUCACACUGGAAAUUGGUGACAGAGAAGGAGAAGCAACGGUUCACGGAGACCUAGGAAUAGCGUUACAAUCGCUUGGUAAUUAUAACAAGGCACAAGAACAUUACGAGAAAAAAGCACUUGCUAUCACAUUGGAAAUUGGUGACAGAAAAGGAGAAGCAACGGUUUACGGAGACCUAGGAACAGUGUUUCAAUCGCUUGGUAAUUAUAACAAGGCACAAGAAUAUUACAAGAAAGCACUUGCUAUUACAUUGGAAAUUAGUGACAGAAAAGGAGAAGCAACGACUUACGGAAACCUAGGAACAGUGUUUCAAUCGCUUGGUAAUUAUAACAAGGCACAAGAAUAUUGCAAGAAAGCACUUGCUAUCAAAUUGGAAAUUGGUGACAGAAAAGGAGAAGCAACGACUUACAGAAACCUAGGAGCAUUCUUCAAAUCGCUUGAUAAUUAUAACAAGGCACAAGAAUAUUACAACAAAGCACUUGCUAUCGCAUUGGAAAUUGGUGACAUGAAAGAAGAAGCAAACGUUUACGGAGACAUCGGGAACCUGUUUACGUUACUAGGUGAACAUAACAAGGCACAAGAAUAUUACAAGAAAGCAUUGGCCAUUAGAAUGGAAAUUGGUGACAGAGAAGGAGAAGCAGCGGCUUUCGGAAACCUAGGAACCGUGUUUCAAACGCUUGGUAAUUAUAACAAGGCACAAGAAUAUUACGAGAAAGCACUUGCUAUCACAUUGGAAAUUGGUGACAGAAAAGGUGAAGCAGCGAAUUACGGAAACCUAGGAACAGUGUUUCAAUCGCUUGGCAAUUAUGACAAGGCACAUCAAUAUUACAAGAAAGCACUGGUCAUCACAAUGGAAAUUGGUGACAGGAAAGGAGAAGCAGCGGUUUACCGAAAUUUAGGAAGCGUGUUCCGAAUGCUUGGUAAUUCUGCCCAGGCGCAAGAAUAUCAGGAGAAAGCACUGGCCAUCAGAAAGGAAAUUGGUGACAGAAAAGGAGAAGCAGCGGAUUGCGGAACCCUUGGAACCAUGUUUCAAUCGAUUGGAAAUUAUGACGAGGCACAAGAAUAUUACGAGAAAGCUCUGGCCAUCAGUCUAGAAAUUGGUGACAGAAAAGGAGAAGCAGCGGUCUACAGAAAUUUAGGAACAGUUUUUCAAUCGCUUGGUAAUUAUGCCCAGGCGCAAGAAUAUCACGAGAAAGCAAUUACCAUCAGAAAGGAAAUUGGUGACAGAGAAGGAGAAGCGUCAGAUUACGGAAACCUAGGAGCAUUCUUUCAAUCGAUUGGAAAUUAUGACGAGGCACAAGAAUAUUACGAGAAAGCACUGGCCAUCAGUCUAGAAAUUGGUGACAGAAAAGCAGAAGCAGCGGAUUACGGAAACCUAGGAACAUUGUUUCAAUCGCUUGGUAAUUAUAGCAAGUCACAAGAAUAUUACGAGAGAGCACUUGCUAUCAUACUGGAAAUUGGUGACAGAAAAGGAGAAGCAGCGGUCUACGGAAAUUUAGGAACAGUGUGUCAAUCGCUAGGUAAUUAUGCCCAGGCGCAAGAAUAUCACGAGAAAGCACUUGCCAUCACACUGGAGAUUGGUGACAGAAAAGGAGAAGCAGGGAAUUACGGAAAUUUAGGAACAGUGUUUCAAUCUCUUAGUAAUUAUGCCCAGGCGCAAGAAUAUCACAAGAAAGCACUUGCUAUAAGACUGCAAAUUGGUGACAGAAAAGGACAAUCAGCGGAUUACGGAAACCUAGGAACAGUGUUCCGAGUGCUUGGAAAUUAUGACGAGGCACGAGAAUAUUAUGAGAAAGCACUGGCCAUCAGUCUGGAAAUUAGAGACAGAGAAGGAGAAGCAGUGAAUUACGGAAAUUUAGGAACAGUAUUUCAAUCGCUAGGUAAUUAUGCCCAGGCGCAAGAAUAUCACGAGAAAGCACUUGCCAUCACACUGGAGAUUGGUGAUAGAAAAGGAGAAGCAGUGAAUUACGGAAAUUCAGGUAGAGUUUUUCAAUCGCUUGGUUAUUAUGACCAGGCGCAAGAAUAUCACGAGAAAGCACUUGCCAUCACAAUGGAAAUUGGUGAUAGAAGAGGAGAAUCAGCGGAUUACGGAAACCUAGGAGCAGUCUUCCAAUCACUUGGUAAUUAUGAUAAGGCACAAGAAUAUUACAAGAAAGCACUGGUCAUCAAACUGGAAAUUGGUGACAGAAAAGGAGAAGCAGUGGUUUCCGGAAACCUAGGAACCGUGUUCCAAUCGAUUGGUAAUUAUGACGAGGCGCAAGAAUAUCACGAGAAAGCACUGGCUAUCAAUCUGAAAAUUGGUGACCGAAAAGGAGAGGCAGAGGCUUAUGGAAACCUAGGAACAGUGUUCCAAUUGCUUGGUAAUUGUGCCCAAGCACAAGAAUAUUACGAGAGAGCACUUGCUAUCAGACUGGAAAUUGGUGACAGAAAAGGAGAAGCAACAGAUUACGGAAACCUAGGAACAGUGUUUCAAUCGCUUGGUAAUUAUAACAAGGCACAAGAAUAUUGCGAGAGAGCACUUGCUAUCAGACUGAAAAUUGGUGACAGAGAAGGAGAAGCAGCGGAUUACGGAAAUCUAGGAACAGUGUUCCAAUCGAUUGGUAAUUAUGCCCAGGCGCAAGAAUAUCACGAGAGAGCACUUGCCAUCAGACUAGAAAUUGGUGACAGAAAAGGAGAAGCAGCGGAUUACGGAAACCUAGGAACAGUGUUUAAAUCGAUUGGUAAUUACACCCAGGCACAAGAAUAUCACGAGAAAGCACUUGCCAUCAGACUAGAAAUUGGUGACAGAAAAGGAGAAGCAGCGGAUUACGGAAACCUAGGAACAGUGUUUCAAUCGCUUGGUAAUUAUAACAAGGCACAAGAAUAUUACCAGAAAGCACUUUCUAUCAGACUGGAAAUUGGUGACAAAAAAGGGGAGGCAAGGGAUUACGGAAACAUUGGGACCCUGUUUUCGUUACUAGGUGAAUAUGAUGAGGCUCAAAAAUAUCUACAGCAAUCACUGGCAAUAGCAAAGGAAAUUGGCGAUAAACGUGGAGAAGCAGCAGUUUACGGUCAUCUGGGGAUAAUUUCUUGUCAUCUUCAGAAUUAUGAAAAGGCUCAAGAACAUCACGAGAAAGCCCUUGCAAUCUGUAAGGAAAUUGGCGACAGAGAUGGAGAAGUAGUCGCAUACAAAAAUUUGGGGGCAUGUUUCCACUCGCUUGACAUAUAUAACGUGGCCGAAAAAUACAUCAAUAGGGCCUUAUUAAUAAGCAAGAAUAUUGGACACAACUUGAACGAAUUUAACUGCCUUCGUCAACUAACGCUGUUGAAGCUAUCACAAUUUAAUCUCAAAGAGGCCAUGUCAUAUCUUUUUCACUGUAUUGGAAAAUUCGACACGUUGCGAGGUUUCCUUAAAGAUAAUGAUCACUUUAAGACUUCUCUUUUAGAGGAGCACGGCAAUUUCCCAUACAAGUUGCUCAGCUACUUGCUUUCUUCUACCGGCGAGCCAAGAGAUGCUCUUUAUGUUGAGGAGCUGAGACGGGCAAGAGGCCUCGCCGACUUCAUGGCAGCCAAGUACUCUGUUCAAGAGCUGAUCUCAGGAAAUCCACAGUCAUGGCAUGGCAUUCAAAAUAUCAUCCCAAAAGAAACGGACUGUACAUGUCUUUAUAUUUCAGUUGAAAAAGAACAUGCACGGUACUGGAUUCUCGAAGCAUCAGGAGCCAUUCAUUUCUCACGAAAGAAAGUGAGUCUGGAGAAACGCGUGGUGACCCAAUUAGUUCCUGAUUUGGACGAGUUUUUCAAAGAGAGCUUCCGCAGCCUAGGCAUUUUAUCUCAACAGAAUUGCGAAGAUCGAUCAUUAGAUGACAUCGAAUCGAUGCCACCUCACAAGCCCAUGCGUGACUAUGAUCCAAAAGAUUUCAAAACGAAUCUUCAGUCGUGUUACGAGUUAAUCAUCGCUCCCGUGGCCGAUUUACUGAAAGAGCCCGAGAUUUUAAUUGUCCCUGAAUCCUGUAUGUACCAAGUCCCAUUUGCUGCCAUUAGUGAUGAAGGAGGACUCUAUUUAGUGGACACUUUCAGGAUCCGCGUCGUUCCCUCUCUGACGACUCUAAAGCUGAUUCAGGACAGUUCCCCAGACUAUCACAGUCAGAGAGGAGCACUGAUAGUGGGUGAUCCUGAGGUUGGCGAGGUGCUUUUGAAAGGAAAACGCAAGAUCCUAAAAUCAUUGCCAUGCGCACGAAAGGAAGCAGAAAUGAUUGGACGACUUCUUGGAGUGACACCUUUGACUGGAGACCGUGCAACAAAGGAGGCAGUUCUUGAUGCAAUAAAUUCAGUAAGUCUGAUUCACUUUGCUGCCCAUGGUGAUCCCGAAAGAGGAGAGAUUGCUCUUUCUCCUAAUUGCCCCACCAAUUUCCCUCCACAAGACGAAAACUUCCUUUUGACGAUGGCGGACAUUUCAAAAGUUCGGCUGCGAGCUAAAAUGGUGGUACUCAGCUGUUGUUACAGUGCUCGUGGGCAGAUUAAAGCCGAGGGAAUUAUUGGAAUCGCUCGAGCGUUCUUAGGAUCUGGUGCUCGUUCAGUGUUGGCGGCACGGUGGGCCAUAGAAGACACAACCACGGAGGAAUUCAUGAGAUGUUUCUACCAAAACUUGUUCCGCGGCAAAAGUGCAAGUGAAUCCCUUCACGAGGCCAGGAAAUGGUUGAGAAAGAACGGCUUCGAAAAAGUUUCUCAGUGGGCUCCCUUCAUGCUUAUUGGCGAUAACGUGACAUUUGAUUUUGAAAAUUGGUCCGGGUCUAAAACAUCCAAACAGCCAUGAGAGAAGCGAAUCCUUUUA